AUGAAAUCAGCCACAUGCAACUUCGAUGACAAUUUUGUCAUUGGGGCAGGAGGAUUUGGUAAUGUGUAUAAGGGCCACAUGGACAACAGUGCAACCACAGUUGUGAUCAAGCACUUGAACCCAUCAUCCAAUCAGGGGGUCCGCGAGUUCCAAACAGAGAUCGAGUUGCUAUCGAAGCUAAGACACCUCCAUCUCGUGUUGUUGAUCGGUUACUGUAAUGACAACCAUGAGAUGAUCUUGGUGUAUGAUUAUAUGGCCCACGGGACCCUCUGUGAUCAUCUUUACAAAUCAAAGAAACCACCUCUUCCGUGGAAGCAACGCCUUAAGAUUUGUAUUGGUACAACAAAGGGAUUGCAUUAUCUCAAUACAGGUGCGAAACGCACAAUCAUUCAUCGUGAUGUGAAGUCCACAAAUAUUUUAUUGGACGAGAAAUGGGUGGCUAAGAUUUCUGAUUUUGGGUUAUCCAAACUAGGUCUCAUAGAUGCGGGCCAUAACCACGUCAACACAAUGGUGAAGGAGAAAUCGGACGUGUACUCAUUUGGGGUGGUUUUAUUUGAGGUUUUAUGUGCUAGGCUGGCUAUAAUUCUAGAUUUACCAGAGGAACAAGUGAAUUUGGCUAAGUUGGCUCGCCAUUGUUAUAAAAAUGGGACCCUUGAUCAGAUUGUUGAUCCUAAUAUAAGGGAGGAGAUUGCGCCAGAGUGCUUAAAGAAGUUUGGCGAAUUAGGUUAUAGUUACUUGCGUAAAAAUGGGUUCAAACGAUCAGGAAUAAAUAAUGUUUUGUGGGGCCUUGAGUUUGCUUUGCAACUUCAAGAGGAGGCUGAGAUGAGUGGGUUACUGCCGGCAGCGUUGGCCAGUCUCUCUAUUCCUCCUCUGCAUGGAGAAUCAACGACCAACGAUGAUGAAAACGUGUUAAGAUCAACGGCCAACAGUGACAAAUUAAAAAAUAGGACUCUGUUAUCAAAGAUCAUGAAUCCUACGGGUCGAUGA